UUUCUAAAUAGACAGCUUAGCAGAAACAAUACAGGAUUCCUAGCAAGUUCAAGUUGGCGGGAGGGUGGAAUUAGUAAUCUAACUUGGGCAGAGUUUGAUUACGAUUACGAAAAUGCAGACCUAUCCAGUUGCAAGGAGGAGGACUUGUUUUGUGAAGGCGGUGUAAGACAGCAAGAAACCGAGUGACAAUGGCUGGACCUCGAUACGGCCUUGGAGCAUUCUGGUGGAGAGACUGUUCUAAAC